AUGUCACAGCAUCGAUCUUCGGGUGGUUCCGAUCACAUCCGAACACAAAAACAGAGUCGGAAACGCAAAAGAGUAUCUGUGGCAUGUCGGUCCUGUCGGGUCCGGAAGUCCCGUUGCGAUGGCGCACGGCCGUGUUCGACAUGCCAAGAUAUCGACACAGAGUGCCGAUAUGAGCAGCCGCACAGCCAGGUAGCAAUACCCGACAGCAGUGAGCAGCAAGAGGAGAGUUUGCUUGAGCAGCGAUUAAAGGCAAUAGAAGAAAAGUUGCAAUUAUCUGUGACAGAGAAGCGCGAUGGCCGUGACAUGAAUACUGCCACGUCUAGUACCAUUCAGAAGGAGCGUGAAUCUCCACCCAGCCCCAGAAUGAAAGGUCCGUUGGAUGAAGACGAUGAGGUGGAUGGUAUGGGUGCCGUGGCACUUAAAGAUGGCGCUGAUGAAGAAGAAUAUUUCGGUGCUUCUUCCAAUGUGGCUUUUUUGAGCUUCAUUCAUGCCGUUGUCUAUCCGGCCAACCCGAACAAUUUACCUCUCUCAAACAUGGAUGUCCCUGAUGUCCCUCAGUCAAAUUACGACUCAUUCGAUGCAUUCCUAAUGAGACCCUCGAGUAUAAGCAAUCUACCCGAAUCUCCAAAAAGAACUCGCGUAGAUCCCUUCGCGCUUCCCCCUCAAGCUGAAGCAGACGCUUUGUUGCAUUUGUUUUUCACCACCGUCAAUCUCAUGAUUCCCUGCAUCCAUGAACGCUCUUUCCGGGAAAUGUACAAGAAGCUGCAGAUUGAUGGGAUCCAGAGUGUUCGGAGAUCCUGGCUGGGGACUCUGAAUGUCGUGCUUGCCCUUGCGACAAAUGUCAUGACGGCGACUUCGCCGAAUAUCGAACGGGCUACGAGGGCCAGUGUGUAUUUUGAGAAGGCGAUGGAAUUGGUGAAACCAGAUAUACUGGGGCGUCUUUCAUUGGAAAUGGUGCAAUUAUUCCUUUUGAUGGAAACGUACCUAGAAGGAACAACUUCUUCGUCGCUGACCUGGUCAUUGCAUGGCCUAGCUGUGAAAGGGGCAUAUCAACUCGGUCUACAUGUCGUGGGCUCGAAAGGCACGUCGCAAAUCGACCGGGAAGUGCGCAGGAGGUCAUGGUAUUGGUGUGUGAUCAAUGACCGGUUUCUGAGCGUGGUUUAUGGCCGGCCCCCUUUGAUUCCCUUGUCGCAUGUCAGAUUUGAGGCCAGUCCCUGUUUACCAUUCAGCAAUGUGUCCAAGGGUGUGACUGAGUCCAGCCUGGCUUUCUUUGAUGCUAUGAUGUCGCUUACUCACAUCAUGGGCGACACCGUUAAGUGUCUUUAUGACCAAAAUCUCGGGCUUCGCACCCGUCUCCCAAUGAAUGAAAGCCUCAACCAGAUCUCUAAGCUGCGCUGUGAGCUAGCUCAGUGGCAGGAUAAUCUGCCCUCUUGUUUAAAAAUCGUCACCUCCCAGGACACGCUGGAUGAUGUGCCUUUAACGGUUGGAACCGCAAGACUCCGCGUCCUACUCUCCCUCCGCUUCCUCGGUGCAAGAAUACUCAUCUUACGCCCAAUCCUCAGCCAAUACCUCGAUCUGCCAGGUAGUACAGCCUCAAACCAACACCAAACCGAAUGGCUACGGAAUUCAGGAGCUGUUCUACUGGCAGAUUUAGUCCGCACAUGUGCCGAUAUCCUCCAAACUAGCAAGAAUAUCAUGGCCAGUUCGAGAAAUGAGCAAAAUCUGCUCGGGGCUUGGUGGUUCUCUUGCUAUUAUACUUUCAACUCCUCUCUCGCGAUCUUAGGAAUUCUUCUCAUCAAAAGAAUCCCCAUACACUCCGAACAACUAUCCAGCAUUUCCAUAUCCGACUUGCGGGGUCUACUUGAGACAGCCAUGCAAGUCCUCAAUGGGUUAAACAAGGGUAGUGAAACCAUAGCGCGCUGUCGAGAUACUUUGACCCGGCUAAUCUCUGGAUUUGAUUUUGAUGGUAACCAUGCCCCAUGCAUCUCUUACCACAUACAACUGACGCAUCAAGCAUUAGAACCAGCAUCAUUCUCACUAUCCCCAUCCAGCGCGUGGGCGUGGCAAUGUGUUAAUCCGGGCUUGUUCAGCUCGGAGGUAUCGUGGAGUCUUGCUCCAGAGACGGUUGGUGUUGCGUCUGGCUCUCAGUUGCCGAUUUCGGAUCUUGGAGUGAACCCGGAGCAUGUCUUCCAUUUGGAUGAAAGAUUGUGA